AUGGAUAGUGAUAAGAUAUUCUCUGUAUACUGUUAUGUGAUAAUCAUUGAGUCAACUAUAAAAGUUGUAUUGAAGCAGUUUCGUAAUGAGCGUCUGAGUACGCAAGGUAUAUGGCACCAUUGCUCAAUAGCUUUUCGAGCUGGUACAUUGUUACGAGGGCACCAUACAAAUAAUUUCUGCGAGUCAACAAUGUGCAUAAUCAAGGAUAUUGUUCUCAGUAGAUGCAAGGCAUACAACACGGCCCAGCUACUGACGUUUAUGGUCGAGAUGUUCGAUGUAUACAUGAGGCAACGAUUGGUCGAUGUGGCCUUGAGUAGGCGGCAUGUAAAGCCAAUAAUCUCGACCAAGGUUGCAUUAGACAGCGUUGAAUUGGUUGGCAAUUCUAAAUAUAAAGUACAGAGCGAAUCUGAUCCAACCAUAAAAUACGAUGUAGACCCCGAAAUUGGACUGUGCUCUUGCAUGCAAGGCCAAACUGGUGCUAUUUGCAAGCACCAAAUUGCAUGUGCGAAGUUUAGCAUGACAGCCGUGCCCCAGCAAUUUUUAAGUAGCAGUGAAAGUCGCCAUCGAUUAGCAGUUAUGGCUGUUGGCCAAGAGAAGGUCCCUGAUGUGGCAUUUUUUAGAAAGUUGAAUGAGGAUGGCGGCUUUGAGAUCACUGGCAAGGCAGAGAUAAAAGAAAUUGAUAGUGAGAAGACAGAAAAUCUGGAUAUGGAAGAGGAGCCACAGGAUCCAAUUUCUAGAACAGAGACAAUGUCAUCUUCAGAUGCUGAUGAUUUUGCCUCUAGGAAAAUAUCACGUGAUGUUGCAGAUGCCAUAGUUAGAGUCAGUGCGCGCUAUAGAAAUAGCAGUACAGACCUAGAACUGAAGAAGUUCCUCAGGCGUCUGGAUUCCGUAAAAACUGCAAACCGGAUGAAUAGUUUGCUGCAUUGCACUGGAAGUGCAAUAAGGAAUGGUGGAGCUGGGCGAGGUAAGAUACCUUGUCAGCCAACCUCCAUCACAAGACGCUCAACUGGCAGGCCAAGGGGAGCUGCACCACUGUGUAAAGCCCUGUCCACACGAUCGGGCCUGAUCGGCGGACUUCCCCUCUAA